GCGGGUGAUUCGCAUUUGACAUAUCCUUAUGGCAUAAGUCAGUAAAGGAACGCGAAUUCCGAAUACCUUGGGAUUCUUUUCCUUCCUAUAUCCAUCCUACUUCCAACUGCCCUCCAGGUACAAUGCUCGCUGCUUCUAGCGACCUGCGGCAGAGCCGUCAUCGUCUAGUCCUUUCGUCCCGGGCACUGACCUCCUCCCGGCAACUCCUCGCUCUUCGACUGCCAUAAUCCUGCGCGUUUAGCGACUGCUUCCCAAGGCAUGAAUAACACGACUGUGCCGGAAAGUUCGCAGGUUUAUGAAGACAUCAUCCGGAUAUGCUGGGAAGACUGAUACAGGGAGUCUCACGUGGCGGCCAGCUCGAAAGCGCGACUGACGAGACGCACACGCGCACCCUCCUCUGGCCGGAUACCAGUCCAGAAAGUCGUUAUGGCUCCCUCUCACCACCUACCACCCCAUUCGGCUCUCCAAACCUCCGCGCCUCGCCUUUCGACGAUCGAAUCGGUCUUGAGUUGAACGAGUCCAAAGAUUUGAGACUCAUAAUUGCCCAAGAUGCCUUUGGCACGCUCGAUCGUCCUCUGCUAUUGUACGACAGCCAGACUCCCGGGUCGGCAACUCCGCCUACAGAUGCCACUUCUCCUACCAAAACUCACUUCUCUUCACAAACAGAACAUGGAUAUCCCGUCAUUGGUCACAUGAGGAAUAGGAGUUCAACGAUAUCAGGGGCGUCGGCUUCGUGGGCGCGUUCGAACAAGGAGUCGGAGCCUACAGAUCAACUCAGCAACAUUUUGGACUGUAUGUUUGGUGUUAGCAGUGCUGCAAAGUCUGGCUCAAGCACCAAAAUACACAUGCUCCCGGGAGAUCGUAGUGACACCAACAGUUCAGCGUCACGCACACCAUCGGCGGCUGCAACGCCCAGCGGGGUUCCGAUCCGCGCACCUUUUCUACGAGCAAAGACGUCUACACAAGGAGCGCACAGCCUCCGACAACAUGCUUCGCCCAAGGAUCCUGAAGUCGAGGUGCGAGACUCGGUCUUGAUCACGCGGAUGUUCCCCGUCAACUUGCCAGAAAGUAAGGACGAUUUGAGGCAGCACAGAAGCUCUUCAGCUGGGGAGUUUGAUGCAAUAAGCCCUCUCACACCUGCCCACGAGUCUCCCAAGACUCCUGGUACUCAACCCAAAAGGCCCAAGCUUGUGGAGAAGAAAACUCCAGUGUAUGCCAUUGGAUUGCUCUUCUACCUGCCACGCUCAGGCGACUCUCGGCCCAAAACCUCUGCUGGCCGACCAUCUUCACGAGCGUCCUUUGCUGCCUCAUCUACUCCCAACUCUUUUGGUUCUGAUUCUUUCUCCUCCUGGGUGUUCCUGAACGCCAUCCCAGAGCACCUGCUGUCGCCAGACACAAGCGGUCAGUUGACUGACAAGAGUAUUCAAAUAAUCGUCAAAAACUGGGAUAUCAUCUUGCGAAGCCUCUCCCCUGUCGAGGCUGUUGCUCGUGCUCAGGUUAGCGAGCUAUUGAAAGAAGUAAAUCUCGCAAUGAUCUCUUCAGCAGCGAAGUCGCCAAAAGGUCCCUCAGAGCAGCGAACGAACCAGCGCAAUGUCUAUAUCCGAUCGCCCAAUGUGCUGACUCGAGAUGCUCAUCUUCAUGCCCUGGUCAAACAUACCCUGUGGCGGGUGGCGUAUGCUCUCCGUAUACCACGAGUUCUUACUGGGUUUGGCCUGGAUAAUGGUGGCCAUUGGCUCGACGAAUCGCGGUACCUAGUACGACUCUGCGGCAACAAACAGCAAAACUUCUUCCUUUUCAACCUCUUAACCGCUUUCUUGGGCAACCACACUGAAUGGCUCGAACGACUGGCACCGGACUGGUACCGUAAGCAGAUCAAAGCGUUGAACAGGGGGCGACCGUCCACCAGCAGCCUCGCAUUCAGGACUGUUGUCAUUUGCGACAGUAGAUCCAUGACGCGAAGGAUCAUCUUUCUGCUGUCCUCAUUUCUACCUCGAUCCCUCAGUGGUGCCGCUCUGGCGAGAGAUGGUUCUGGAUACAUGUCUCCGAUCUUGACGCCUGACGCAGCCUUUCCCGUACCUUCCAGUAGGGUCAACGAGGGAUCGCUGCGUCGGCACGUUUACAACAAAUCCCGCCAUGGCUCCAUGACAUUUCCUCGUCGGGAGGUCACAGGGCUAUCCGCCAGUGUCUCAUCAGGAGAUAGCGUGGGAGCUAUUGGCAAAGCACUCCGAAGCAACUCCCAGUCAGUUUUUUCGCGGCCGGACCUACGAUCGAAUGCCAGCAAACACCCAGCGGUAUUCACGCCUGACGGGUCGGCCUCGGUACACAAGACGAAUGCCACUAGUUCCACUGCCACUCCUGGCACCGGCACACCUUUACCCUACUUUGCGUCUAAACCUGAUAGUUACUUUCCGGAUGCAGCGGUAUUGACCUCUGAAGAAAGCGGUGCCAGUGCUGAUCUGGCCCGCAUCCUCCGAAGAGAUAGCGUCAGCCAACCAAUCAGUCAGUCAAGUAUCAACUGGGGUUCGCUGAUCAGCAAUGUCAGCGGCCUGUGGAACAGAAACUCGGAUUCUUCUCCCUCGCCUAACAAGCCCCCAACCUCGGCUGGUACAGGCAGCCUCAGAGACCGGCGAGGACUUGCUCCUCGCUCGGUCCCAAUACAGGCAGGUCGGCCAAGCCCACUGGAGAGGAUGGUGGAUGAAGCUAGCGAUUUACGCAAAGUCGUUGUAGAAGGAAAGACCUCUCACUUCUCAACCCCAGCGCGACGGUCGUCCCUGGCGGCAAGAGAGGCGCGACCACCAGAACUCACAGUCGAUGACAAGGAUGGCGUCAUCGAUGUGGAUAUCAGUCUACCAGGUUUUGUUGGUUGGACGGAAGCGAAGCCCUCGUCGCCUCGUCGUCAAUCACCUUCUGUUACAAGCACCGACGAGGUUAGAUCUUCUUUUAGUUAUCACUCCCACCAAAAAGAUACCAUGCAAGCGAAGGCACUAAAUGUGGCGGGCUUUUUGAAGCGUUAUCAUGAAGAUUUCAUACUCCAGGGCGUGAAGCCGUACCAGGAACUCUAUGAAGAUAUCAAGCAGAGUAUGUUACGGGAAGAAAUGCCGACUCAAGAGCAGGGUGGAUCAUUGCCGCAGUCGCACCACGGCGAAUCCUGGGUCAACGUCUGCACAACGCUCCUCGCCGACUACAGGACAUUCACCAUCCGACGCCUGACCUUGCAACGCCGGGUACAAACAGACACACCUGGGCACGAGAUUGAAAUGCCCGGCCCUACCAUGAACCCCGGCAAUGCCACAGUCAAGGGUGGGACUAUCCGACAUGGAAAGGCAUCCGCCAUAGAAGACGACGAGUCGGAACGCUUCGUGAGUGAGACAGUGAUGGACUUCGAUACCACCCUCACCGAUGCGAUAGAGCGAGUGCUCAACGAAGCCGAUCCGUCCAGACACAAUCCCGCUGGUCCGCACAGGACGCACUCACAGACUGUAUCGAGUGGCAUGGCAUCGUCUGCGAAAUCCGAGCCGCUGGAGAUUUCCAGCUCUGGCAAGGGUAAGGACUGGUCUCGACGCUUGGUGCACUCUCAAUUCGAUUGCCGGCAAGCAGUGGUUGGCGCCCUGGAAGAGGUCGUCAAAAGUGUCAACGAUGAUCUGGCCAAACAUCAGCGUUCCAAAGACGAGGAUGGCAACCUCAGGGUUGACGGAAAGGCAUUGGAGCAAGGAAUAAAGCAAGACAAUGUCUUGCGUGAAGGGGUCAAGAAGUGGCUUCUGAACGUGGAGACGAGAAGUGUCUGGUGAAUUGGCCCUUCGCCAGACUUGUAUAUAUGAUGAUUGAUGAUUGUGAGAGGCUUAUGCAUGUCCUGUCCUUUGAGCUUGCGAAGAUACCCUUGAAACAGAUGUACUAUUAUAUGAAAACAUGUAUAGAGGGGGGAAAAUUGAGAUGGCGACUGCAGUCAAGAUUUGGUCAGGUGGACCUGACCUUCCAGACAUUAUUGUAAUCAUCAUCGUCCUUCCUUGCUUGACCCUCGAUAGCUUCACGCACUCUACCAGAUAGUUGUUGUAAUACGCCCGUCACGU